GCGGCAACGCGCGGAGCCGGCGGAAAUGGGGCUGAUGUCCCGCGGCGGGCCUGGGGGCCGCGAGCAUCGACGUCCUCCCGGGCCCGCCGGACGCGGUUCCCAACCCAGUCCCUUCCCUACCGCUCGGGGACGCGGCCCAGGGAAGCAGCCGGGUCCCCGGCAUGGUGCUCAAGGCCUUCUUCCCCACAUGCUGUGCCUCAGCAGACAGUGGACUACUGGUGGGACGGUGGGUCCCGGAGCAGAGGAGUGCUGUGAUCCUGGCUGUGGUGCACUUUCCCUUCAUCCCCAUCCAAGUCAAGGAGCUCCUGGCCCAGGUGCAGAAGGCCAGCCAAGUACAAGUGGCUGUGCUAGGCACCUGGUGCCACCGUCAGCAGGAACCCGAGGAGAGCCUGGGGCACUUCCUAGAGGGCCUGGGUGCCAUCUUCUCCCAUGAUCCCUGGUUGCGGCUGUGCCGGGAAAGGGGUACCAGGUUCUGGAGCUGCAAGGCCACUUACCGUCACGUGUCUGACACUCCGGGCCCAGCCCCUGAAGACCAGGUCAUGCUCAUCUUCUACGAUCAGCGCAAGUUGCUGCUCUCCUGGCUGCAUCCACCGGCAGUACUGCCUGGCUGCCAGGGUGGAGAGACCACACCCGGCACGGGAGGCCUAGCUGACAUCUUUGACACUGUGGCACGCAGUGAGGUGCUCUUCCGAAAUGACCAGUUUGAUGAGGUCCCGGUCCGCCUAAGCCACUGGCAGUCAGAGGGCGUGGAGGCCAGCAUCCUGGUGGAGUUGGCAAAGCGGGCCUCGGGGCCUGUCUGCUGGCUGCUGAGCUCUCUGCUGUCUCUGCUCUCAGCUGCUAGUGCUUGCCGAGUGAGGGACCUUGACUGGAAAAGCAAGGAACUAAAGGCUGGAGCUGUCAGUCUCAGGCCUUCUCUCCUCCCCAGGCUGUGGAAGCUCUGGCCCCUUUCUUUCAUCAGAAGCAAGCUCUCCACCUGUGAACAGCUCCAGCACCGCCUCAAACACCUCUCACUUAUCUUUAGCACCGAGAAAGCCCAGAGUCCCAUGCAGCUGAUGAGGAAAGCCAACAUGCUGGUGUCCGUGCUACUGGAUGUGGUCCUUGGCCUGCUGCUGCUCUCCUGGCUCCACAGCAACAACCGGAUUGGACAGCUGGCCAAUGCCCUGGUCCCCGUGGCUGAUCACGUGGCUGAGGAGCUCCAACAUCUGCUGCAGUGGUUGAUGGGUGCUCCUGCUGGGCUCAAGAUGAAUCGGGCACUGGAUCAGGUGCUAGGCCGCUUCUUCCUGUACCACAUCCAUCUGUGGAUCAGCUAUAUCCACCUUAUGUCCCCCUUUAUUGAGCACAUCCUGUGGCAUGUGGGCCUCUCAGCCUGCCUAGGACUGACUGUUGCCUUGUCCAUCCUUUCGGACAUCAUUGCCCUCCUUACCUUCCACAUCUACUGCUUCUAUGUCUACGGUGCCAGGCUGUACUGCCUGAAGAUCUAUGGCCUCUCCUCUCUGUGGCGUCUGUUCCGGGGAAAGAAGUGGAAUGUUCUGCGCCAGCGGGUGGAUUCCUGUUCCUAUGAUCUUGACCAGCUGUUCAUUGGGACCUUGCUCUUCACCAUCCUGGUCUUCUUGCUGCCUACCACUGCUCUGUACUACCUGGUAUUCACCCUGCUCCGGCUCCUGGUGAUCACUGUGCAAGGCCUAAUCCGUCUGCUUGUGGACCUCAUCAACUCCCUGCCCCUCUACUCCCUUGGCCUUCGACUCUGCCGACCGUACAGGCUGGCCGCUGGUGUGAAGUUCAGAGUCCUGGAACAGGAAGCAGGCAGGCCCCUUCGCCUCCUGAUGCAGAUAAACCCCCUGCCCUAUGGCCACGUGGUGCGCACCUACCGCCUGCCUAGCUGUGGCUGCCAUCCCAAGCACUCCUGGGGUUCCCUGUGCCGAAAGCUGUUCUUCGGAGAGCUCAUCUACCCCUGGAGGCAGAGAGAGGACAAACAGGACUGAGCAGCUGGACACAGCCUACCCAUAGCUACUACACAGCCAUCGCACUCCCUCUCUGCCUGGAUAGCAGUGACCAUGGGUUUAUCUCAGGUCCCAUGGGCCAGCCAGACACUCUGUGUGCUGAAUGUAGGCAGGUCUUACCUUUGAGUUACUGCUCUGGCUUUCAGGCCCUGUGAGCUUCAGUCCUGCACUCCAUCUCCCUAGCACAGUGGUUCUCAACCUUCCUAAAGCUGCGACCCUUUAAUACUAUUCCUCAUGUUGUGAUGACCUCUAGCCAUAAAACUAUUUCGUUGCUACUUCAUAACUGUAAUUUUGCUACUGUUAUGAACUGUAAUGUAAAUAUUUGUUUUCCUAUGGUCUUAGGCGACUCCUGUUGCCUAAGGGUCGUUCACCUCCUAAAGGCAUCGCAGCCCACAGGUUGAGACCCACUGCUCUGGCACCACCUGCUUUAUUGUGGUCGGUGCACUGAGCCUGAUUCCUAGGAGUGCUCAGACUCUGGGAUAUGCUGGCAGGUGUCCUUGGCUGCUUUAGUGGGUGGGAGCAUUCCUGAGUACCUGGUGCACUCAAGGAACCUGAGCAGAACGUUUCCAUCUGGGGAGCGGAGGCAACUGCUGAUUCCCUGCCCCAGCAAACUAACCCCUCACUCUGUACUUCACGGGUCUGCCUGUUGCUGCUCCCUGGAGAUUGCUUUGUGAAGUUGCUGCUAAUAGGCCACUGGGUGCCCUUUGCCUGAAGUCACACCGUACGGGGUGAUUGGAUACCUGCCUACCUGACUGCCUUGCUCUUGCGUAGUGCCUCAUGUGGGAUAGGCCCUUUGGCACAAUAUUCUUUCUUUUCUCAUUGACCCCUUAUAGGACCAGACAGCUCUCGUCUGGACAGGCACUUCUGUGGCUCAGUCUGUGAAUGACCUGGGGGAAGUGGAAUGGCCAGGGUUCCCUGCCACUUAGUAGGAGCCCAUGUGAGCUAGUCCCAAGCGGACAGGAAGCCUCAUUGCCUGAGGGUCUAGAAGCAUCUGCUGUGGGCAGGAGGGGCAGCCAGCCCUGCCUGUCUUUCAGGGGCACUCAGGACUAUCCACAUUGGUCAUCUGUGCCUGCUUCCCUUUGCUAUAGGCCACAGGAGGGUGUUGGUGAAGAUGAAUCCUGACCCUGUGGUGACAAUAAAACCUCAUGAAUUUGGAGUACUA